UGGAUGCAACAAGCCUUCUAUGGAUGAUCUCCCUCGUCCUUCCCGUCAUCAUGCUGGUUGCAACAAUCCUUACAUGGAUGAUUUCCCUCGUGGUAAUGCAAAAGAAGAAAUAGUACAGAGGACGCCGGGGUGGAUUGAUAAGGCAGCUCAAAAAUACAGGAACAACCCUCGUAAACCUUCGAAUCCAGCAGGUAUCUCUGAGAUUGAGAUUGGAGUCGAUUCUCCAUGGAUGAACAUGGUGAGGACCCAAGUGAACACGAGGAGAGGAAGAGCUCACGCCAACGGGCCAUGCACCAUCUUCAAGGUGCAGGAGAACAUCCUUCAAUGCAACCCAGAUGCCUAUACACCUCUUGUUGUCUCCAUUGGUCCUUAUCACCAUCAUCAAUGUUCGCCCAGGUACAGCAAUUUUUUAGCCAUGGAAAACUACAAGUGGCUUUGCCUGCGUCGCUUGCUUUUCAGGCACCGGAGCAGGCGUGGUGCGACUGAGUUGCUGGACAAGUGUUUGUUGGAGAUGAAGUCCUUGGACGCUGACGUCCAAACCUGCUACUCUGAACCUUUACACAGAGGCUUCGAUGCUGAAAGUUUGGCUAUGGUUAUGUUGCUUGAUGGUUGCUUCAUACUUCAUCUCUUGCUUAAGCGACAAAACCUGAUAGAUGAUGUGAGCAACAGUGAUCAGGAUAAUGAUGAUGAUGAUGAUCAAGUUGAAGAUGGAGAGAUAUUGUUAGAACGUGGAAAACGAGACAAGGAGAUGGAAGAAGAACCAUUGCUGGGGACACUAUGGAUAUGGAACUUUGUGCUGUAUGAUUUGUUAAAACUUGAAAAUCAGAUCCCCUUCUUUGUCUUGAAAACACUCUUUGGCCUGCUCAAGGCUCCAGGUGAUGAAGAUCUUGACCUUGUCAACCUUGCUUUCAAACUCUUCAGUGAUAUACAUCCAUCCAAUUCCCAAACACGCCCUGUAUUACCUGCAGCCGACCAAGUUCAUCACUUGCUUCACCUGCUUCAUUCCACUCUUGUCCCUUCCAAAAAUCACCAUGUACUUGACAUCACGCAAGCAGUCAAGGCACCUAAACGAAUCCCAAAUGCUACUGAGCUACAACAAGCAGGGGUCAAGUUUGUCAAGAAAAUAAAUGCCAGUAGCUUCCUGGACAUAUCAUUCCAUAGUAAUGGCACAAUGGAAAUCCCAGAGAUUUGUCUCUAUGACCACACAAACACUCUCUUCAGGAAUCUGAUAGCUUUUGAACAAUGUUAUCCUAAUACUCGUACCUAUAUCACCAUCUAUGCUGCUUUCAUGGACCGUCUAAUUGAUACUCCAAAAGAUGUUCGCUUGCUCCACUUGAAUGGAAUUCUUACCAAUGGACUGAGCACUGAUGAAGCUGCAGCUGAUCUUUUCAAUAAGUUAUGUUAUCAGAUUCAUUAUGCUUCCGAUAGGAACUAUCUUCAUGAACUGUUUGUUGAUGUCAACAAGUAUUAUUACUCUAGAUGGAAUCAAUGGCGGGCUAGACUGAUGCGAGACUAUUUCAGCAAUCCAUGGACGAUCAUAUCUCUAAUGGCAGCUGUGUUGCUGCUUCUUCUCACUGUUGAGCAGUCAUUCUUUUCUGCAUAUUCUUAUUUUCGGCCUUCUUGAGAGGCAAUGCUCUUCUUUCUGGGUUUUCAUUCCAUUGUACAAUUGUAUUUCUCUUUGUUGUGUGAUCUGUUAUCUGUGUUUGUUGACUUAAUAAAUUUGGGCUUGAUUUGAA